AUGCCUCGUGCUACUCGUCAACAUCUCCUCCUUGCAGCUCAGGCGUUUUGUAACGCCUUUGCAGAGCAGAAGCCGCUGGAGGAGAUCUUAUCUCACUUCUCAACCUCAAGUGACGUUGUGGCCAUUGAGCAUGGACUCCAACGGCUAGCACCAUUCCUAGGCCGUGAUUUCCGUGGUCAAGACGGCCUCAAACAGUAUUUUGAAUUGCUGUCGUCAAACCUUCGCUAUGAGAACAUGCUAUUCGGCAACUUCGUUGUUGAUGCAGAGACCUCCAAAGUCUCUGUGCGGGGCGAGGCACGCUUCAUAUGGACAAGCACUGGUCAAGCUUGGAAUGAGGUCUUCACAUAUGUUCUAGAAUUCAACGACCACGACAAGGUCAGGGUAUAUGAGAUCUGGGCCGACUCCGGCGCCGCCUAUCUGGCGAGCAAAGGCUUGCUCGAUCACUAA